UUUCACGUGACCAAGAGCGAGCAGCGUGAUUGGCCGGCGGCGUCGCGGCGUCUUGAAGCGCGGCUGUAGGAGGGGGCCGCGGGAAGGGGGAGGUUUGGUGAGGGGUGGCCGGCGCUCCGGAGGCUUUGGUGUGGGGUGCUUAACGCUCGGGGAUGCUCAGCCUCUUUUCUAAGGUGCUCUCCUACUUCUGGAGACGUGCAGAUGACGAGGAAGGUGGUGAAAGAUGGGCAGCCUCAGGUGACAAAGAAUUAAAAACUGUACAAGGAGUAGUGACAAGAUUUUGCCAUGAUUAUGGGAUGAUAGAUGACAUGAUAAUCUUCACAAAGGAUGCUGUUACAAAAAAUAUGCCACUGCUGGUUGGACAAGAAGUUACUGUGACUGUUGAAGAGGAUAAAACAUCAGGUGGCUUGAAGGCCAUCAGGGUCGAUGCUGUCCAGAAUACGUGGGGAGAUUCCAACGCUACUUGUGAUGCUUCUGAACUAAAUAUGAAAGUAUUAAUUGGCAAUAUUACCUCUGUCUCUAAGGGUGGUGGCUAUAUUAAUAAGAAUACUUUUUUUGCAAUGGAAAAUGUCUGUGAAGGUUUCAAACCUUUUGAAGGUGACUGGGUGCAAGCAAAAUAUUUUAUUAACUCGACAACAUGGAACAGUGAAGCAGUUGCUGUUAAGCCUUUGAGAUACAAGCAAGUAGACAAGGUUCGCAUUUCCAGCAUCUGUGGAAGAAGUGGUACAAUAGAUGACAGUAUAUUUUUCACUUUGGAUUCAUUGAGACUUCCUGAUGGCUAUUGGCCUUGUAGACAUGAUCUAGUGAAUGUGGUUGUGGUGGAGAGCAAUCGGUCCUAUUAUCUUUGGAGAGCUCUCUGUUUGGUACCAGUCAGCUGGGAUCGACAGUCUCACUCUAAUGGAGUCAAUCUGAAUGAGCCUUAUGAAGACUUAAUAAGAGACAAAGGAGGGUUGGAAGUAUCAAGAAUGACUAAUUUUGGAACUCUGAAGCAGGGGGAAUCUAAAAGAAUAACUCUUUGGAUAGAGAAUAAAGGGAGUAUAUCACAGUCGUUAAUCAGCUGCAGAUUGGCUGGAUGGGUGAAAGACAAGCAAUUCAGUUUCCAAAUUUCUCAAAAAUGUGAGAACAGUCCAGAAGCACAUCUGUCAUCUUUUCCUAUAAACCAAGACGACCUCUCAAAAGCUGCAAUUAAUUCAUGUAAUGACAAUGGAGGAACAACAUACAAGCCAUUGAAUAAUACAUCCAUUACAAAGCAUAGAGUUGUUCCAGAAGGAAUCAAUUCUCAGGAUACAAAUUUAUCAAGGAUGAAAGAGAACUUUUCCUUGGUGAAAAAUGAAGAUCCACAUAAUGCAGAAGAUGAGCAAAGGGAAGAUGUGAAACAACCAAUAAAGCAUGUCAAUAUUGCUGAAGAAAUCUGCAUACCACCAGGUGGAAAAACAUUCAUAGUGAUCAUAUGCACAGCUGUAAAUCCUGGGUACAGCAAGGAACUCCUGUUGCUUGGUUUUUCUGAUUUUACUGUUGGACGCUAUGUUGAAGCCACUGUAAAAACCGAAGAAGAAUUACUAAUAGCACCUGUGGAACCAUUUUCUCUAAGAAAGCCUAAAAUUAUUCCAGAACCUCAGCCAAGGAAGACAACAGUGGUUGCCCCUACAUGCAGAAGAAAUCAUAGAAAGAAGUUGCCAAGCUUUCUCCCACAUUAUACCAUACCAAAUGAGUUAAGGAAAUGUGUGGAGCAGAAAUUAGACAUACUGACCUUUCAGCCUCUCCUGGCAGAGGGUCUUAAUCUAGAUAAUUAUAAAGCAAACUUUUCUACUCUCUUGUGGCUUGAAGAGAUCCAUGCAGAAAUGGACAUAAAAGACUUUAACAUGAGUGGGGUUACUUUGAAAAGGAAUGGGAACUUGUUAGUGUUGGAAGUGCCAGGAGUGGAAGAGGGCACACCUCACCUGAUUCCAGGUGGUAAGGUGAUACUGAAAAGUCAGAUCUACUCUGAGCAUAUAAUUGAGUACAUUGCUUAUAUUACUGAGAUACGUAAUGAAGAUGUUACUCUUAAAUGUAAUGCAGACUUUGAACAGGCUUAUAACUUGGAACCCAUGGAUGUGGAGUUUGUGCAUUGCAGGAUUACUAGCAGGCGAUGCCAGCUGGCAGUUGAGCAAGCAGUCUACCUGGGUGAAAAAGGUCAAAAAGCUGCAGAGCAAACAGGCAAAAUGCAUGGCAUCAAGGGAGAUAAACGUAGCAGAUUUGGUGAAACUGUGACACAUCAACAGAGAGCUGGUGAAUUUUUCAAUCCUGUGCUGAAUGCACAACAGAAACUGGCAGUGAAAAGGAUACUGAGUGGUGAAUGUCGUCCAACACCUUAUGUUCUCUUUGGUCCACCAGGAACUGGAAAAACAUUAACAGUAGUUGAAGCUAUUUUACAGAUACAUUAUACUCUACCAGACAGUCGAAUUUUGGUUUGUGCACCAUCAAAUGCUGCAACAGAUCUGAUUUGCUUGCGGCUGCAUCAAAGCAAUAUGUUAAAACCAGGAGAUAUGGUCCGAGUUAAUGCUAGCUUCAGGUCAGAAGAGCAAAUUGAUGACACAGUGAAAUCUUACUGCAAAGAUGGUGAUGAUAUUCGACAAGCAUUGUGGUUCAGGAUAAUAAUUACCACAUGCAGCAGUGCAGGAAUGUUUUAUCAAACAGAAAUACGGCUUGGACACUUCACUCAUGUGAUUCUGGAUGAGGCAGGGCAAGCAAGUGAACCAGAGAGCCUGAUUCCUAUUGGGUUGAUUUCAGAAGCUAAUGGACAGAUAGUUCUUGCUGGAGAUCCAAAGCAGUUAGGGCCAGUAAUAAAAUCCGAACUUGCACUGACUUUUGGAUUAAAUAUUUCCUUGCUGGAAAGACUGACAUCAAGAGAAAUAUAUAUGAGAGAUGAGGAUGCUUUUAGUGCCUGUGGAGCAUAUAAUCCUUUGUUGAUCACAAAACUUGUAAAGAACUACAGGUCACAUGCUGCAUUGCUUGCCUUGCCAUCUAAAUUGUUUUAUCAUAAGGAGCUAGAAGUUUGCGCAGACACUUCAGUAGUAAAUUCUUUGUUGCACUGGAAGAAAUUGCCCAGGAAAGGAUUUCCACUAAUUUUCCAUGGAAUAAGGGGCAGUGAAACACGUGAAGGUUGCAGUCUUUCGUGGUUUAAUCCAACAGAAGCAGUUAAAGUAAUGCAGUACUGUUGCCACCUUGCUAAAAAUGAAAAUGCUGCAGUGUCAGUGACUGAUAUUGGAGUGAUUACACCGUAUCGUAAACAGGUUGAAAAAAUUAAAUUUCUUCUGAGAAGUAUUGAUAUGACAGACAUUAAAGUUGGCACAGUAGAAGAGUUUCAAGGGCAGGAGUACAUGGUUAUCAUCUUAUCAACAGUGCGGUCUCAUGAAGGCUUGUUUGGUGAUGACAAACACUGCUUGGGCUUUCUCUCGAACCCUAAGAGAUUUAAUGUAGCAAUUACUAGAUCAAAAGCUUUGCUGAUUGUCGUGGGAAAUCCUCAUGUUCUUGUGAAAGAUCCCUGUUUUUGUGAACUGUUAGAAUACAGUUUAACGAAUAGAGUUUAUGUAGGUUGUGACCUGCCUUUGGAGCUGGAAUGCCUGCAGAAGUGA